AUGGAUUAUGGUUAUGAUCAAUUGGUUUCAGUUCCAGCAAACAUUCGAACAAAAGGAUUGAUACUUAGCAGUAACCUCACUGCAAAUUUAAGACAUGUUGGGCAGCAAAUCAUGAUUGAAGUACCAGGGAUUCGCAGUGUUUUUGCAAAUAUGCAUAUUAAUAAGAAAAAAAAGGGUAUUAACCCACAGUACUUUAGGGCUAUAGGUUGGCCUUUGAAUCAAACUGUUUCACUGGUCCUUGAUGAUAAACACAAACAGUGGAAUUUUAAUAUAUAUACACAACAGGGUGAACCUGUAGGUUUUGAAGGCAACAUGUGGGAAGAAUUUCAUGAUCUUUACUUUAAUCAUCUACGAGGUGUAAAUGUAAUAUUCAUUUACACAGGGCAAUUAUACUUUAAGUUAAGGGUUUUCAACAGUGAAGGUUACUGCUGUGACCAGGAUAUAUCUGCUUCAGAUUCAUCUGAAGGUGAAGUUGACACAAUUGACUACAUACGGUCUAAUAGUGAUCCGAAUACUUUCAACGUAGUCAUGAACACUGAUGUCAUUCAACGUGGUAGACUGGAAAUACCAUGGCACAUUGUCAGAAGACUUGAGAUUCAAGACAACAAUAGUUUGAUCAUAUACUACGAUGAAGAACCUGCUAUCAGAAUGGGCCGUGUCUAUUUAUCUGAUUAUCCUAAUCGCUUGUUGAAGGAGACAUUGAGUACAUGA